AUGUGUGCGGCUCCUAUGGCGGUGGCUGCCCAGUCGGUGUACUCCUUGGCGCACCCGCUGGCCGGUGGGGAGCCCGCGAACCUGGGCUCCCUGCGGGGCAAGGGGCUGCUCAUGGAGAAUGAGAACGCCAAGAAUGAGGAGAUUCUGAAUUCUCUCAAGUAUGUCCCGCCUGGAGGUGGGUUCGAGCCCAACUUCCUGCUCUUCCAGAAAUGCGAGGUGAAUGGUGCCAAGGCGCACCUGCUCUUCGCCUUCCUGCCUGGACGUAAGGCCCUGCCGGCGCCCAGCGACGACCCCAUCACCUGGUCCCUGGUGUGUCGCAACGACGUUUCCUGGAACUUCGAGAAGUUCCUGGUGGGCCCUGAUGGCGUCCCGGUGCGCAGGUACAGCCGCCACUUCCCCACCAUCGACAUCGAGCCCGACAUCCAAGCCCUGCUGUCCAAGGGGUCUGGCGGUGCCUAGGGCGCUCCCCCAUCCUGGCUGCUGGCCAGUGGCCUGCUGCUCUCUGGGGGUUUCAUCCAUGAGGGCGUUCCCCCGAAAACAAAUGGAGGAACGCCUGAUGUCCGGGAAACCCCCAGGUGGGCGCUGGUCCUGUCCAUCCCUGCCUCUCCUCUGCCAGCCUGAGGC